AUGCCCCCUCUCGAUUUUAUCCGAAAAGCAGUCGUCAAGAACAACAACAACAACUCACCACCAUCAUCAUCAUUGUUAGAAUCUCCUACGAGUCGUCCCUCCUCUCCAACAUCACCUCUCAUCAAGAUCAAACACAAAUCCACACUCGCCAUUCAAUUUAAAUAUGAAAAACAAUAUACCUCUCUCCAACAACAAUCCUCCAUUUCGCAUCAUUCCACUCAAUUAAUAUGUUUCCCAAGUGAUACGUUGCAAAAUUUUGUUCGAGAGAAAGUGUUGCCGCUACUCGGAUUAGAAGCUUCGACGAGUCAUCACAUGGAAAAUUCGGAUCCAUUGGCAGCCUUCAAAGAAAAGUAUGCCAUGUUUGUCGUGAGAGGAGGAGAGACGAAUCAGUAUUCAAUGACGCAAAUGGGAGCCCAUUCUACUUCAUGUUCGAGGGGUGACUGGAUUUUUAAUUAUGGACUUUGUUUUAAUGAUUUGAAAUUGAAAGGAUCGUGCACCAUAGAGUGCGUUUUUCUCAAAAAGAAAACUCAAGUUCAAUUCGAUAUUGAUCAACAAUUUGUAAAAACUGUUGAAAUUCUCGAAUUGAAAACUGUGAAUGAAAUUACACAAGAAAUUGCAAAUUCUUUCAUGAUAAAAAGAGAAUUCAUGGAUGACUUUUCAUUAAAAGAUGAAAAAACAAAUCAAUGGCUAAAACCUUCUCUGACAUUGAGAGAACAAUCUCUUAUUUUGGAUGACAAGUGUAAAUUGAGACUUGCUAAAAAGUAUAAUUUCACAAUUGGUUUACUGUUGGAAAAGAAGAUGGAUUUGAAAUUGAAUACAUUGACCUUAUCACUUUCGUAUAAUGAGAGCAAAGAACGUGUCAUGAAUGGAAAACUAUCUUACAAUAUUGAAGAUCGACCCCAAAGAAAUGAUCUUUCAAAACUUGUUGCUCUCUCAAUCAUUGCAGAGAAUAGAGACACGAAACCAUAUUUAGAAUGUGAUGAUGUCUCAAAAUUUGAACCUUUCGUUCCUCCCUACGUUUACAGUGAAAUUCAAUCCAACUCGAAAAUCAAACCAAAGAUGAAGAAAAAGUUUGUCACUCGAUUGCAACGUCACAAACAUCUCAAUGCCAUUGAUGCUCAAUGUGAAUAUGUGAAUUUAUGUUCUCAACAUCCAUUUUUCAGAUUUAAUUUGUAUCACGUUCAAUCCUCACAAGUUACAACAACAAAUGAAAGCGAGAACGACUUGUGUCCUACCUCUAUGAAGGAAAACAUUCUUGGAAUUGACGACCAUAGUUUAAGUCUCAUUCAUCCCAAGGAUAAGUGUGUUAUAUUCAGUACUUCGUUAUCCAAUAUUGUGACCUUUUCAACAGCGAAUGGAGAAAUUUUGAAUGUCGUCUUAAAACAACCAGAACCAAUAUUCGAUUCGACUCUUGUCAUUAAGAGUACGGAAGCCAUUGAAAUUGAAACUAUACUCACGGGAGCCAUUGAUUAUUUCACACGAAAAAUCUUUCUGUCACAGCAAGCAGUUGCAUCUCAACAAGAUGAUUCCGAAACCAUUGGUGACUCUUCAUCAAGCAAAAAAUCCUCAACGUUCUCACUUCCAACACAUAUUCCAACCACAGACAUUGAUUUAUUACUCUCUGACAAGAAUAUUGUGAGUCAGGCGCUCAUAGGUCUCGAAGAGUAUAACAAACAAAUUUAUUCAAAAACUGGACCCGUUCAACAAAUAUUGAAAGAAAUGGAAGAUUCUCAAUCGCAGUGUAGACGAAGAGUCAUUUCCAAUUAUAUUCAAAUGUUGGAACGUGAGGCUAAAAGGAAUAACGAAGAGUUGAGUGAAAUUUUCAAAAAACCAAUGGAAUAUCUAGAGUUGGUUGAAAAUGGCAAGUCACAACGACAAUUACUGGAAGAUUCCUAUAUCAAAUUAUUAGAAAUUGAGACUGAACGAAAAAUCAGAGAAUUAGAAGUGAAAUUAUUAGAAAAUGUUUCCAAGGGUAUUCAACAAUCCUUCUCUGUUCGAUUUAUGGGUGAUUCUUCAGCCACUUCUUCUUUAACAGAAUUGGGUCAUUUGAAAAAUCAAAUUUAUCCAAAACAAAUUCUUGACACAAAGCGAGAAAUGGAAUUUGCAUUCCGUGAAUUGGAUCUUUUAGAGAGUGUGGAACAAAAGCAAGCUUCUCUCUCGAAUCUGAAACAAUUAUUUGAGACACAAAUUCAAAACAUGUUGAACUAUGAAAAGUUUUUGAAUGACAAAUUUCAAAAGAUGAGAGAAGUGAUGUCCACGAUGAGCAGCACUACGGGUCAACACGCAGGAGGAGUAUUAUUGUCCUCCUCUCCAUCCUCCUCUUCAACUUCAUCAUCAUUUCGAUCGAAAAAUGUGAACGAACGACAAACACAAUCAAAUUCAUCCUCUCCAAGAUCUGUCGGAAUUAGCACUUGUUCGCAAGGAGGCCGAAUUGCGGAUGCAAAAAGUUCUACGAAUGGAAGUGGAUCAAGUAUUGUGAGUGGUAGCAGCAACAACAUCAAGGCAACAUCAUCACCCAUUGUGACGCCAUCUGUCUCAGUGAAUGAUUUGAAAAGCCGAUUUAAUUCACCAAUGACCUCAUCCUCACCUACCUCAACACCAUCUGACCCUACAUCGGUGUCCACAAGUGCAACACCAGCAGUAAGAACAAAUAGAACAUCGACUGUGUUGGAAGUUAUUCGAAGUUUUGAAAAGAAGUAA